UUAUUAUUAUAUUAAGUAGAGAGAUUCUAGAGAGAGAAGUGAAAGAUGGAUAAAAGCUAUGAUACCAGCAGCAGCAGCAACACUCAUAACAAUGGCGGCAGCAAAGAUCAAUUGCUCAAAAAUCUCAAUAAGGCUUCUCACAAGAUCUCCAAACCCACUAGAAAGAACGCAGCUUUCGACAAUCAUCAGCAGCAGAUGCGACCUCCGCCGCCUCUACCGCCGCCGCAACAUCAGCCGCCUGUUUAUAACAUAAACAUGAGUGAUUUUCGUGAUGUUGUUCAGAAGCUCACUGGCUCCCAGUCCCACCUAGCCCACGACAGUUUCUUGUCUCCACCGCCGAUUCAGCCGCCUAAACAACCCAGUUCCCGUCUUCAACGGAUCCGCCCUCCACCUCUCCCACAGAUUACCAAUCGCCCGUCUACUCUUAUCCUGCCGCCUCAUCCACAGCCAAUCGGAGGGGGGUUUCUAACUAAUUUCAGACCACCACCACCUUCAGUGGCGCCUUUGUCGCCUCUUCCACCGUUUCCUCCUGUCUACACGGCGGCUGAAUCACCCAUCUCCGCCUAUAUCCGUUGUUUCCUUCAAGAUUCAGUUUCUAAUCAACAGGGAACAUCGGCUCUAGAGCCAUUGAUUUCCCCAAAGUGGAAUACUAAUACUACUACUAUUACUACUACUGAUAAUGUCGGUUCUGAUCCUCCUCUGCCAAAUGUAUCUGCUCCUCCUCCGAUGCCAUCGCAGCCGCCGUCGUCAAUGUUCAUUCCUCCAUUCUCUCCGCUUCCAUUCGGCUGCCUAUCGCCUAUGUCUCCAUACACUGUAUAUUCACCUGGACAACUGGGUUUUCCUCAGUUCCCUCCUUCAUUCACCUAGACAAACUGUCUGUCUUUGAGAUAUGAACUUGUUCACCAUAAGAUCACUGCGGGAGAGAAGAAGAAAAAGGAAUUUGUGCAACCAGAAGUGGAGACAAUGGUAGGUUCCACAAAUGUCUGAACCAGAACCACAUUGGUGCAAUGUGUCUCCACACAUUCCCCUACCUUAAAAUGAGCAAAGUCUAACGUGACGGUGCUCAUCAAAUGUCUCCCCCUAUAAUGAGUCUGCACCUUGCCUAUUUUGCAGCUUCUCAUAUUUCAGUUACACUGCCCGAGUGAUCGCUAGCAUGAAGCAUCAUCUCAAUCACUCAAAGUAGUUCUAACCAUAUGAUCUACGACCCCUCAAAAAAUUCUUUCAGAACGAAGUUGUCCACCAAACUUCAAGGGAGUUGCAAUUUUUUCUUUUCUUGAUGGAGCGGCAUCAUCAGAAGUCACAUGGCCGUCCAAAAUUUCUUACCGACAACAAUUCCUACUUCUACGUCCGCUAACAAACCUCCUUUCCGGGUUGGAUCUCGACCUCCACGGGGAGAAAGCUACAAAAGAUAAGAGGCAUCAGAGGCUUGAUUUCCAUGAUAACAUGUGGCCUCCAUUCCCCAUAACUUGCAUACGAUUAUUGUAUGUGAUAGAUUCUUUCUUCCAACCUUCACUAAAGUGCUCGACUCCUUUUUUGUAUGUCUUCCCACAACUCCUUCUCUGAUCUUACCUUGUCUUUUGUUGUUGUUAUAAUCUUACCUUAUCUUGAAAGCAUCUUAAAUUUCACUCUUC